AUGGCGUAUAAGACAGCUCGGUAUGAACUCCAAAAAGCCAUUGACAGCAAAGAGAGCAUACUGCAAAGCCUCCAGUAUAGUCGGGCGUACAUCAGUCCGCGGAGUUUCAACAAGUUUUAUGCCAGAUUUGACCAGCACACUAAGGACAUCCACCUUAAGGCCCCCUGCAACCCAGAGGAGACACACCCACAUGUCCUCAAGGCUUUGAGGCAGGUGGACUCUCGUAAGGCUGUGGGGCCAGACGUUAAUCUCAGCUGGAAGGAGAACACCACGACACUUGUGAAAAGAGCCCAGCAGAGACUUCACUUCAUUAAAGUGCUGAAGAAAGCUGGACUUGGAUAUCAGCCUCUCAUCCCUCUCAUCCAAGCUUAUAGGGGUUUUGUUGGAAGCAUCCUCACAAACGGCAUCACAGUAUGGUACGGCAGCACCACCCUGGCUGAGAGGAAGGCAUUGCAGCUUGUGAUUGAAGCUUCAGAAAAGAUCAGUGGCUUCAGCCUCCCCUCCAUGGAAGAGAUUUACACACAGCGCUUAUUCAAACCACCUGGUCUUACCCAGGCGCCCACAUCAUUUACAGCCUUUUCUCAUGAGGACAUCACACUCCCCUGUGAGGCCACUGGGAACCCCACACCAACCUUCCGCUGGGAGAAAGAUGGAAAAGAGUUUGGCCCAGAGACAAUGGGAUCUGGGACAUUAAAAGCCAAAAAAGAAGAACCCCUGGAGUCCUAUGCCGGGUUCUACCGCUGCUACGCCUCCAACUCUCUGGGGACGGCCAUGACACAAACUGUAAAGGUCAUAGUAGAACCUCAUCCCUACCUCGUAAAACAAAACAAACUGGACCAAACGGCAUACGAGGGAGAGAGCAGCAUCCUGACUUGUGACCCACCAGAGAGUUCUACUCCUCCCAAAAUCUACUGGAUGGACAUGAGUAUGGUGCACAUUGAGCAGAGCGAGAGAGUAGUGAUUGGUCUGGAUGGAAGCUUGUACUUUUCAAAUGUUCUAAUUGAUGACAGCAGAAACGACUACGUUUGCACUGCUCAUUACACGGCAGCAAGGACCAUCCUCCCUGACACUGUUGCAAGGCUGACUGUCCUACCCAGUAAUGAUGUCAUUCAUGGUAGAAGACCACACCUCCUCCGUCCCACUGGUUCCCACACUUUGGUGCAGACCUUAAGAGGUCAAAGUCUAACUCUUGAAUGUAUCCCAAAAGGCCUGCCUACUCCUAAGGUAGAAUGGCAGAAAAUUAAUGGUCAUCUCAGUCAUUUGAGAGCUGAGCUGAAGAAUCAUAAUCGCUGGCUUUAUUUUGAUCACAUCACUGAAGACGAUGAUGGAGAGUACAGAUGUAGAGCUGUCAACAGCCAUGGGAACAUGACACACUCCUUCACUGUUUCUGUUCAAGCGGCUCCCUACUGGUUUAAGGAGCCCCAAGACCUAAUGUACACGCCAGGGGAAACUGUACGACUAGACUGCCUGGCUAAGGGAAGUCCAGAGCCCAUCAUCACAUGGAACAUCAAUGGACAAACGCUAGCAGAUGUGGAUGAUGACCCUCGACGCACCAUAACAAGCAGUGCAUUGAUACUAAGGGAUGUAGAACUUGCUGACACAGCUGUGUAUCAGUGUGAAGCCACCAACAAGCAUGGCUCCAUUCUGCUCAAUGUCCAAUUGUUUGUUGUUGAACUUGCUCCAGAAAUUUUGUCCUCUGACGGGGUUGUGUACAAGGUCUUUGAAGGCGGAGACAUCCAGAUGCACUGUGAGUCUUUUGGCUCACCCCGACCAAAUAUUACAUGGGUGAGUGAGGAUAUGAUUUCUUUGAUAUUAGAUCCUCGAGUUUCUUUUUUAACUAAUGGGACAAUGGAGCUGGUGAAUGCUACGCACGAAGAUCGCGGAGUGUACACUUGCUCUGUCAAAAACACGGACAUCUUCAUCACUGCAAACUUGGAAGUCUUCAAUCGAACAGUGAUAUUUUUGGGCCCCCAGGAUGAACGCGUCCUCAGAGGAAGUACUGCUUUCCUGCAUUGUCUCUUCUACAGGGAUCCUCGACUGCAUGAUUACAAGGUUGAAUGGAGAAAGAAUGGACACACGCUACUUGAGUCAUCACGGGACGACAAGUACACUAUGUUUGAGAAUAACACAUUGGGAGUGGUGAAUGUCCAGCCAGAAGACACUGCAACUUAUUCUUGUGAGGUUUACAUUAAAUCACUGGGCAGUGUAAGUGCAACUGGAUCCAUCACUGUAGUAGGUUCACCAGACCCUCCCAGCUCUGUGUCUCUGUUUGAUAUUGAGGAUUACAGUGUCACUCUCAGCUGGACCCCAGGACCUUCACACAACAGUCCCAUUACAGAGUUCAUUGUGGAAGUUCACGAAGAGCCACAGACAGCGAAAGGGAAACAAAAGUGGAAAAAGACAAAAGUUGUACCAGGGGACUUCAACCACGUACAGCUCAUGCUCCAGCCCUUCUGUAUCUACCGGUUCCGAGUCAUUGCUGUUAAUGACAUUGGAAGAAGUGACCCCAGUGAACCUACAGAGGACCACAGUACACCACCAGCUGUUCCCGGUGAAAACCCCACUGGAGUUCGCAGUAACUCAUCAGACCCAGGGACUCUGAUUAUCACCUGGGAUAAAAUGGAACACCGCUUGCAUAAUGGUCAGGACUUUCAGUACAAAGUGUACUGGCGGGAGGCUCAAGAGAAAAAACAAAUCUGGAACUCAGCCUACAUAAAAUCUCCACCUUUUCAAAUAAACAACACAGGAACCUACAUGCCAUUUGAAAUUAAAGUCCAGGCUGUGAACACAGUUGGGACAGGACCGUCACCAGAGUCCAAGAUCGGACACUCCGGAGAGGACAAGCCAGAGGAGGCACCCACUGGAGUUGCAUGUGUUGUAACAAACAGCACAGUCAAAGUUUCAUGGAAUGAAGCCCAGAGUGUUAGAGGUCAACUGAAGGGAUACAAGAUUUACAUCAGGAGAUUGGGUCCUCUGAACAGAAGAGGCAGGAGGUCUCUCAGCAAACAUCACCACAUAGAUGAAAGAGGGAGAAUGGGACACCAAAGGCUAAAAGAGGAUGACAGCUGGGUGGUUGAAGUUCUUGGUUCAAAUACUUCUGCUGAGCUGACUGAACUGCGUCUGUUCUCUCAGUAUGAACUGUGGAUCACAGCAUUCAACAAAAAAGGAGAGAGUCCUCCCUCUAAACCUGUAGAGUUCAACACCCCCGAGGGAGUUCCUGGUCCACCUGCUUCUCUAAGGUUUGAAAGCCCUACAGAUACAUCAGUCAUUCUCUACUGGACUCCUCCACUGGAAAUCAAUGGCAAACUCCUGGAAUAUGUGGUGCAGUACCAACAAGAGGUGGAAAGCCAUGACAGCCCGCUGCAAAUACACAUGAUCAGUGAUCCAGAUGUCAAUUCCUCUGAGCUGAAAAGUCUGGACCCUAACAGCUAUUACAUCUUUAAAGUAAUCGCGCGUACGGCAGCUGGAGAUGGUCCACCCAUAACCAAGAGGGGAGCCACCAUGCAUGAAGGAGCUCCUCCGUCAAACAUCACCAUAGUUUCCAGUAAUACAUCGUUCAACCUGAGCUGGGUGCCUGGAGAGCGAGAACGGAACCAUGGCUUCCACAUUCGCUACUUCAGGAAUAGUGAUGGUGGUCAGUGGAAAAAAUCAGAAGUGGUCAACUCCACUCAGGGCUUCUAUUUUCUAUCAGGCCUCGAACAAGGAACACAGUACCAUCUAGAGAUUUUACAUGGAAACUACACCCACUGGAAAGAACAGAUAUGGACCAAAGGACCAGUUCCAUCAGAGAUGCCUGGAGGGUUUGCCACCCAAGGCUGGCUGAUAGGACUCAUCAGUGCCAUCAUCCUGCUCAUCCUGAUCCUCCUCAUCCUCUGCCUUAUUAAACGCAGCAGGGGUGGGAAAUAUGCAGUCAAGAACAAAGAAAACAAGGACGUUGGUUCAGACGUUUGGCCAAUGAAAGAUGAGACCUACGGAGAUUACAGUGAUGGAGAUGAGAAACGCUCCGACAGCCAGCCCUCUCUGUGUGACGACAGUAAGGUGGGGAGUGACGACUCAUUGGCUGAAUAUGGAGACAGUGUGGACAUCCAGUUCAAUGAAGAUGGCUCGUUCAUCGGCCAGUACAGCGGCCGUGGUCCUGCUCCCCAUGGCAACAAUGGCUCUGGUCCAGCCUCUCCAGAUUCAAUCCCCCCUCCCCCCAUUGCUCCAUCCAUGUCGAGCAUCCUCAACCGGCCAAGCUAGAUCCACACAUACUUAUCCAAACCAAACUACAUCUGCACAUGCAUGCUGCAGAAAAAAACUAAAGGGAUGGACCACUCCUGUUAACACUGCCUGUUAUAUAUAUAUAUAUAUAUAUAUAUAUAUAUAUAUAAAUAUAUACAUGACUUCAAGAAAAACAUGUUAUUCAGAAGGCCUUUUGCUCUAAAGCAGAGAAAAAGCAGAGAAGUGAAGGACGGGGCCAGCUGCAGCAGCUGUUCAUGAAUUAUUUAAAAUUAGUUCCGACAGAAAGGCUGAUAGAUUGAUUCCACUUUGUUUGCUCCAUAUCAAAUGAUUCUUAUGUCUGACUGUUAAACAAUGAAACUGGCAGAGUCCCAAAGAAAUUCAGUCUUUGUAGCUCCAGAAUGACUUUACUAAAAACUUAUUUGGGCUUUUUAUUUUAUUUUGUGAAAUCAUAACUUAUAGAUAGAUUGAAAGAAAGAAUGAAAGAAAGGAAGGAAGAAAGAGAGAAAGAAAAAAGAGAGAGGGAGGAAAGGAAGGAAUGUUGGUUGAUUUUGAGCAUUGGAUUUGUUCCUUUAAAUCAUGGGUGUCCAAAGUGUGGCCCGAGGGCCAUUUGCGGCCCUUGCAGUGAUUUAGUGCGGCCCGCAACUGCAGUUUAACAAUGGCAUCAUUUUGACCAGCAGGCUUAAGAAGUCUAUGCAGACUUUCUGUAAAUUAAUUAAUUAAUUAAAUUUGUAAUCCUUUUUUUAUACAAUGUUUAGGUUUAACAG